CAGGAGCGGACGGCGCAGGAGAGGCAGGCUGUGGCGCGCGGCGGAAAGGCUCCUGGGAAACUCCCACGGCCCAGGGACUUUCGAAAGGAGACAGCUAGAGUCUCCGCGCGCGCAAGUGUGCAAGUAAGCGCUCAGCUCGGCACCUGUUUCUCUCCAGCCACUGCCUUUCCUCCACUCGGAAUCGCGCCUCCCCGGACACCAGCCCUCUCCCGCGAUGAAUCCGGCGCUGGGCAACCAGACCGACGUGGCGGGCUUGUUCCUGGCCAACAGCAGCGAGGCACUGGAGCGCGCAGUACGAUGCUGCACCCAGGCGUCCGUUGUGACCGACGACGGCUUCGCCGAGGGCAGCCCGGACGAGCGCAGCUUGUACAUCAUGCGCGUGGUGCAGAUCGCGGUCAUGUGCGUGCUCUCGCUCACCGUGGUCUUCGGCAUCUUCUUCCUCGGCUGCAAUCUUCUCAUCAAGUCCGAGGGCAUGAUCAACUUCCUGGUGAAGGACCGGAGACCGUCUAAGGAGGUGGAGGCGGUGGUCGUGGGGCCCUACUGACCGGUCCUCCGGCUCCCGCGGCAGCCGCCCCCGUGUCUCCCCACUUUGCCAGCCCGGCUGCGCCCCUCACCAUCAGAGACUGGGCGAAGCAGACCUGUCGGAGUCUAAUAUUUCUCUUGACUUCUACCUUUCGGGAUGAAGCGACCCGUUUCUCUCGGCCUCCGAAAGUUCCCAUGCCUGAAGGAGGAAAGCUUCUGACUUCGGGACUUAGCAGCAGGUGGCUAGAAGAGGGUGUCAAGGGUGCAGAACUUUGGAAGCUGCCGCUU